AUGGGGCUUCAGACAAAGUCGCUAGAUUUUCUUGUGUACGAGGCAGUUAAUCAUGAAUAUGAAGCAGUGUUUCAUGUCGGGGAUAUUACAGAAGGUUUAGGCUUACAGCAGGGCAAAAUUGGAGAUAAGUAUUUAAAGAGAAUACAAAAAAUGACCGUGUCCAUUCCAUACUUAACAUGUCCAGGAGAUCAUGAACGUUUUGAUGAUUUCAUCCAUUACAGAAACAGGUUCUCUAUGCCACAUACUCCAUGGCCAAUGCCCAAGAAUCGGCUGUGGUACAGCAUUGACAUUGGAGGUGCUCACUUUGUGACGAUUAACACUGAAGCUUUUGUAACUGCAAAGGAAUUAAUGCUUGACCAAUUAAUCUGGUUGGACAAUGACUUGACGGUAGCAAACAGCAAAAGAAUGGAACACCCUUGGGUGAUUGUGUUUGGCCACAGACCCCUUUAUUCAUCAUGUCAUGGAGGCGACUACAUGUGCAGUAGAAGUAUGUUAGCGGUCCGGAGACAUCUGGAUGACAUCUUGUUUAAACACGGAGUUGAUGUCUACAUCGGUGGACAUGACCACCACUACGAACGGACGUUUCCCGUCUAUAACUCACUCUAG